AAAGGUAAAGAACCUGAAAGGACUUGGCAACGCUGUCUGAUGUCAGUUGUCAAUCCUUGUUUUUUGCUUUUUUGCCAUAUGUAUUUUGACAGUGGAUGGCGUAUUUCAAUUAAAGAGGCUAUUUUUCUAUUUAUUUUUGGGCAUUUGUAAUAAAAUACACAGUAGAACGACGUAAUCAAAUGACAAGAUUUUUGGUGAAUGGAACUUGUGAUGAGAAUGCAUCUUCAAUCAUUCUAACCAAAGACAAUGUCGUUCAGAGAAGAUAGAGAAGAAUUACAAGCGCAGAGAUUGAGAAUUUGUCCCUCAAACACAACUACCAGUUCUUGUGACUCGAAUGAAUACCACCCAGCAAACCAAGGAAUUAGACGAAAUUACAGCUACGACAGUUUCUUUGGACAGGACAAAGAUUUUGGCUAUUCAAACAAAGUACCACAGUCUACCCAAAUUACCAAGAACCUUGCAAAUAAUAGGUUACAGAGAUUGAAACAUUCUCUGAAAUUGGAUGUGGUACAAGAUACCAAUCAGUAUGAAAAUAAAAAGAAGUGCCAGUUAUUCGUAGAACCAUCAAACAUCCCUACUUCAACUAAAGCCCAAGAGAAAAUAACCUCCAAUGCUGUUGAAAGGAAGAGCACAAAUAUCUAUAAAAAUUUGGCAGAAUGGUCUACAGCAGAAAGUCCUAAAGAAAAAAACACUGCUAAUAAUAGGUUGAAGAGGUUGAAAAAAUGUAUCCUCAAUAAUCCACAUGAAAACAAUAGCAUGCCCACAUCUGACAUGACUUCUCCAAAAGAUAUUCAAACUCUAGAAACAGGCAGUCAGAUAUCACCACUUUUAAAACAUCGUGGUUCACCAGUGAAGCGUAGGGCUUCUGACCGAAGUGACGAUCAAGUUACAUCACAACCUCCCCUCAAAAAAUCUUUCCCUGAUACCCAAGAUUUUCCGUCCAGAAAUACAAAAGACCUGACAAAAGAUGUAAGAGAUGUUAGAAAUAUUUCAGUUGAAGUUUAUAAUCCUGACAACCAAAACACACCUAGUGGUGUUAAUCAGUCAGUACCCAAAAGACUUGUUAAAUAUAGAGAUACUGUAAAUAAUAAUAUAACUAAGUUGAGUACAGUUGGUAGUAAUAAUUCAAAUGUAGAUAAUGUAAAAAAUCCAGGAAAUUCUACUUAUCUUUCUCAUACGUUAAGGAGGAAUUCAACAAAUUCUCUUGUUGAUAAAACAUAUGAAAAAGGCCAUAGCAUGAUGUCUCCUCCAAUUUUCAUACCAAAAUCACCUGCUAAUUCAACCAAUAUUUCCUCACCAAUGUCUCAUAGAAAUAGCAUUUCAAAACAAGAAAAUAGCAAGGUCAACAUUAUUACAAACAUAGUGGUGAACAAACCACCUGAUACUACUGAGAAUCCUACUAAACUUGUAACUUCUGUGUACAAACCCUUUACCCCAUCACCUAAACAUGAUUCUUUCAUCCAGAAUACAUUAAUGACUGACCAGAAUAUUGACAGUUACCAUGGGAAGAUGGCUUUAACAGCAUCUUGGGUAGAAUACCAUACCAAUCCUAAUAUUCAAAAGGAACCAGCUUUGCCACCAAACGAUACCAUAGGAAGAGUUGAGGAAAAACCUACAGAGCCUGUUGAAGAGAUGGAAUGGGCAAAUGCUGAACCUGAUGAAGAAAUUGCACCAGUAGAACCUGUCAGUAUUAAAGAUAAGCCCCCAAAACUGAAGGAUAUCUGUAUUGUAGUUGACACAAAUAUAUUCAUUUCCCACUUGUCAAAACUUAAGGAAAUAGUUUCAAUGAAGGUAAAAGGUAAUAUUAGACCUAUCGUGCAUAUACCUUGGAUGGUGAUUCAAGAGUUAGAUUACAUGAAGGACACAUGCUCCAAGGACAAACUGAAACGUAACAUAGUCAAUUCCGUACAUUUCAUUAAUAAGGGCUUACAGGAAAAGGAUCCGCGUAUUAUAGGGCAAACUGUGAGGGAGGUUGAACGCCAGAAGCAUAUAGGCAGCAGUCCAGAUGACAAAAUAAUUUCUUGCUGUAUGCAAGUAUCGGAAAAAUACGACACUGUGAUAUUACUUUCAAAUGAUAUGAACCUGAAAAACAAAGCACUUAUCAACUCUAUAACAGCUUGCUCAAUCCAAGAAAUAGAGUCAAAAAUAUCUGACAUACUAGCCAACAACAAAAGAGUCAGAUUCAUUAUGCAAAAGAUGGGCAUACUAUGCUCGUCUGUGAUCUGUGAAUGUGCAAGGGACGCCUAUGGAACAGUUUGGAAAAAAAUGAGCAUGCUCAAUGAUGCUCCAUGGUCAUUUACAGAGUGUCUUAAGAGAAUAAAGAAGUAUUGGAAGCCUGUAUUCCAGGAGCGGAUACUGAAGCAUUGCAUAAAAACCUGUGACGAUUUGUACAAAUUUAUAAAAUGCAAUAAGAAUAUGUCGGACGAUUCAAACGAGUUCCUCAAGUUCACAGAAAUGUGUAUUGCACUAUGUGUGUUCUUCAAAGAUAUUGAAGAAUACAGAGAGUCUGUACAGAAGACGCUGGACGAUAUAAAAAAUUUAGAAUAAACUGUUUCGUUAAAAGAAAACCAUCUGUUAUUUUUAUACUUGUAAUAUAAAAUUUUAACUUCAGA